CCGCUGGGCGGGGGGGAGCCGCUGGCGCUGGGCUCGCUGCUGGGCCGGGUGCUCCUGGUCUCCAACGUGGCUUCGCUCUGAGGCACCACGGCCCGCGACUUCGUGCAGCUCAACGAGCUGCAGGAGCGGUACGGGCCUCGCGGGCUGCUCGUCCUGGGCUUCCCCUGCAACCAGUUCGGACACCAGGAGAAUGCCACCAAUGAUGAGAUUCUGCUUUCCUUAAAGUAUGUCCGUCCUGGCAAUGGUUAUGAGCCCAAUUUUACCAUGUUUGAGAAAUGCGAUGUGAAUGGAGCAAAUGCUCACCCACUUUUCACAUUUUUGAAAGAGGCACUGCCUUUCCCACAUGAUGAUCCAGUGGCACUGAUGACCAAUCCACAGCACAUCAUCUGGUCUCCAGUUUGCAGGAAUGACAUCUCCUGGAACUUUGAAAAGUUCCUCAUUGGCCCUGAUGGAAUACCUUUCAAGCGUUACAGCAGACGCUUUGAAACUAUCAAGAUCCAAGAUGAUAUUGAAAAGCUCCUUCAGCAGAUUCCUUCAAAUGCUCUCAACUAAACCAAAGUCUUGCUGAAACUUAUUUCAGUUUCUGCUAACAUGGUACCUCUAACUGUUUACCUCCUGUUCUGUCAGUCUGCCAGGUGUGUUGUCCUGUGGACUACCUGUUCUUUCUGUGAGUUAGUUUGGUCUGGCAGUAAGAUGCUAUUGCCCCUGGAAGUUUUACUUAUGAUGGUGCCUCUUCCAAACUCCUGAAGAAGAGCACUUGAUGUAUUCUGUAAAAGUUCCAUGUGAAGUUUAGCAGACUACACCAGGAAACGCAGUUCUGAGUCUAAGUAGCUUUUUGUGAGUCUCUUGUAGGCUCUUGAAAUAAAUAUAGAUCUUGAAAUAAAA